AUGAUGCAGUCUAUAUAUUGGACAGGCAGAGUGCUAUCACGUGCUUUAAGAAAUGGACUUUCAAGUUUUUCUAGUGCUGCUGAAUUAAACGUUUCGAAUAAAAAACAUCCUUAUUUAGUAUCAGUAGUCUGUGGAUUUCCUAAGGACAUUGCCAAUGGAAGGUCUCAUAAGGGUCAAUUUGGAGACGACGCAUGGUUUUCCACAAAUUUUAACAAUGCAGAUGUUAUUGGUGUUGCUGAUGGAGUGGGAGGCUGGCGUGCAUAUGGAAUUGAUCCAGGAGAGUUUUCUUCAUAUCUUAUGAGGACAUGUGAAAGGUUGGUCCGAAUGGGCCACUUCAAGAUGUCAGAACCAGGGGACCUGCUAGCCAAGUCAUACUAUGAACUAUUAGAACAUAAAAAACCUAUAUUAGGUAGCAGUACAGCAUGCGUUAUGAUCUUGGAUCGCAGUGAGAGUAUAAUGCGUGCUGCAAACAUAGGUGACAGUGGGUUUAUGGUAGUGCGAGGUGGCCGUGUGGUGCACCGCUCUCAUGAACAACAACAUUAUUUUAACACACCAUACCAGCUCAGUCUACCACCACCUGGACAUGAUAGGAAUGUUCUUAGUGAUAGGCCGGAAUCAGCAGAGACAGCUGAAUUCAAAGUGGAAUGUGGCGAUGUUAUCCUCGUGGCUACAGACGGCGUGUUCGACAACGUGCCGGAGACGGUGCUCGUGGCAGAGAUGCGGCGCGCGCAGGCGCUCGACGGUGACGCCCAGAAGUUGCAGGCCGUAGCUAAUUCUAUAGCGUGGAUGGCACGUAAUUUGUCCUUCGACGGGUGCUAUAUGUCGCCCUUUGCGAAGAGCGCUCGUCAGAACGGUAUUGAUGCUAUAGGCGGCAAACCCGACGACAUAACGGUGCUACUGGCCAUCGUAGCGCUA